AUGUUUAAAGAUAAAAUUACAAUUUUCUACUCUGUUUUAGAAACAACUGAAACUGAGACGAAAAAUUGGUCGACAUUACGUCCAAAUGCAAAUAUGAUAAACGAAAUUUCUGCUACCAAGACACCGUCACGAGCAACUACGCGACAAUACUUGCAACGUAUUGGGCAACAAACCUCAACAACAGACAUGACAUGGAAAUCUACACAAAAUAAUCCAAUGCGAACAAAUAUGACGAAAUAUGACCGUAUUGUGCGAACGACACAAAAUGAAAUAAGGAAUACAAAGGCAUAUGCAGCGUACAGUCUAAAUAUAAAUCGAACAACGGUUUUAGCAAAGCCGCAAAAGUCAAAUCCAAAGGAGCGACAUAAACAACGUUAUCUUCAUUAUCAUUAUGAACGAAAAUCACCGGUGAUUGUUAGUGCUUUGCUUGAUAUCGGUCGUAAUACGUGGAAGAAAUAUACGAGGACUUAUGACCAGUAUUUAAGUUUCUUCGAAAAUUUAUUGCAAUUAAAUAAUCGGAUGGUGAUUUAUACGGAUAAAAAAGGAGCCGAAUUCGUACGUAAAUGGAGAUAUAUGGCAAAUACAGAGAUAUUCGAAACUUCAAUCAUUCAUCUUCCAUUUUAUCGCUUUCUUCCAGAAAUACAAAGUAUUAUCGAUAAAGAACGCCAAGAAUGGCAUUACGAUUUGAAAGUAAAAGAUCAUCCUGAAGCAACUAGUGCAGAAUAUGAUAUUGUAGUCAAUUCGAAACCCUACUUCCUUUACAAUGCUACGCAAACUAGCCGAUUUCGUACCAACGCAAUUUUUUUCACUUGGAUCGAUGCUGGAUAUGGCCAUGGUGCCAGCAGUGUCAUCCCAACUAACUGUCACUGGCUACCAAAUUUCAGUGAUGGAAAAAUUACAGUUAUCAAGUUAACACCGAUUCACGAUAAAAUAAUCAGGUAUACAAUAUCAGAUUUGUACCGAGUUGACUGGGCUGUAAUAAGUGGCGGUUUCAUAGGAGGAAGCAUUCAUACAAUUGAUAGAUUUUACCGAUUUUAUUAUAAAACAUUUCUUGACCUACUCGAUGCAGCAAUGAUUGAUGAUGAUCAGACAGUUUUGACAAUGGUUAUAAAGAAUCAUGAGAACUUAUUUGAUAUUAUACAUAGUGGAGGCGAUUGGUUUGCCUUAUUCCGAUUAUUUCCCUGCUCGUAA